UCAAGAUCGUGGGCGCAACGCACUACCGUGGACGUCAACGCGCCGUCGCCAACUGUGGUCGCACGAGCUUCAAUGUGGUGCAACCAGACAGGCCGAAUAUCGGAACCUUGUUUGCCCAUUCCCAGAUAGUGUUCCCAGAACGAACGAGCAGGAUGAAGGCGGCAGCAGUGUCUUUGGCGGCCGUCGCCGGGCUCUGCUACGUGUGCUACAACUACUCUUCGAAGCGGUGUCACGGCGUGAGUUCGCGCCGGAUCAGUGUCGCCGAGCUUCGGUCGCAGCCCACGUGGGUGUCGCUCUGCGGCGUCGUCUUUGACACGGCCAGCCUCGACGGCUUCGUCGGCGCGGACGGAACGUUUGGCGACAUUGGCGGGCAUGACGCGACGCUGGUGUUUUCCGGUUGCCUGCGCACCACGGAUAAUGCGAAUGCGCGUCAACGAAACGUGGCAGGUGAUAUUGAGGCCACACUCGACAAAGAAGUUGACAAAGACACGCUCUCAGCUGCCCAAGUAGCUACGCUCUGCUCCUGGCUCGCAACGUUCGGACUGCAGUUUCCAAUUGUUGGGAUCAUGGCCGAUAUGUACCGCGAUGCGAAAUGGACUUCUACCGUGCGCACGGUCCUCGACAAAUCUUCGACUUCGCCCCAAGGCAGCGACGGCGCGCCCAAGUGCCCACUGGGCUUCGGCGCCAAACGACCCUUCCCCGUCACGCUGCGCCCGUGCCUCACGACGCAGAACGGGCCAUGGAUUAUCUUCAACGGCACGCGCUACGACGUCUCGAACGCUGCGCUCUUUGACGCCUCGUCCCCCUUCCACGUCUACAUUGGCCACGACAUAACGGUCGCGCUCGCGCUGGGAUCGCUGGACCCCAAGGACUUUGACCAGCCACUCACGCCCGACACCAACCUCACGUACGCGCAGCAAAAGCUCCUCGCGCAGUAUCAGAACGCCUUCUCGUCGACGCUCGCCGUCAUUAGCUCGUCGCCGUCGUCGUAACCUCGACGCCUCCGUCCAAGGAAGACGGCUCUAUAAUAUGAACAAUUAAUUAAUUAAGUCUAGUGAAUAUGUACACCACAACUUCGGGGCACGGUG